GAACAGUGUAAAAGAAAGCUCUAGAAAGAUUCUAAAGCGUUUUCUUUUCUCUCUCUUUUUUUUCAAAAUUGUAACGACAAUGAGUAAAACCCAUGUCUCAUCUGUACAAAAGGCUGCACACAGGCAAUUCAGCAUUUCACUUUAAUUCUUUUCUGAAUUCAUUCCAGUUGUGUAAGCUUGGAAUAAAUUUUAUCAAUGGCUGUUGAUGACGAUGAUCUGGAGAUCUCUGAUGCCGAAGAGAUAGAUGAUGAUGAUGAUGAAGAAGAAGGUGAUGAGUUGGAGUCUGCGCCGCCCAUGGAAGUGGGGGAGGAGAAGGAAAUCGGUCGUUUUGGUUUGAAGAAAAAAAUUAUCAGAGCGGGAAAAAAUUAUCAAACACCAGAAAAUGGAGAUGAAGUUACAGUGCAUUAUACCGGAACUUUACUGGAUGGUACUAAGUUUGAUUCUUCCAGAGACAAGGGCCAGCCUUUUACAUUCACAGUUGGCCAAGGUGAAGUUAUCAAAGGAUGGGAUCAAGGAAUCAUUACAAUGAAGAAAGAAGAAAAUGCACUCUUUACAAUACCUCCAGAAUUAGCAUAUGGCUCUGCUGGAAGACCUCCUUCUAUUCCUCCCAAUACCACCAUUCAGCUUGACGUGGAACUCAUCUCUUGGACUAGUGUAGUCGAUGUAUGCAAGGAUGGUGGAAUUCUCAAGAAAAUAAUCUCUCAAGGAGAAAAUUAUGAGAAACCCAAAUAUGCAGAUGAGGUGACUGUGAAGUAUGAAGCUAAACUUGAGGAUGGAACAAUUGUGGCAAAAACAAGAGAGGGAGGCGUGGAGUUCUAUGUCAAUGAUGGAAACUUUUGUCCUGCCAUUGCAAAGGCAGUGAAAACAAUGAACAGUGGAGAAAAGGCCAUUCUCACAAUAAAACCUGUGUAUGCUUUUGGUGAGCAGGGUAGAGAUGCUGCAGGGGUUUUUGUUGCAGUUCCACCAAAUGCAAACCUUAUUGUCACUCUGGAAUUAAUUUCAUUUAAGUCUGUGAAAGAAAUUACAGAAGAUAAGAAGGUUGUAAAGAAAAUUUUGAAAAAAGGUGAAGGGUAUGAAAAACCAAGCGAUGGAACAGUUGUUCAGAUCAGGUAUAUCGCUAAGCUACAAGAUGGCACGGUCUUUGAGCAGAAGGGAUCUGAAGGCGAAGAUUCUUUUCAAUUUAUAAUAGGGGAAGAACAAGUUAUUUCUGGUCUGGAUAAAGCUGUAGCAAAAAUGAAGAAGGGGGAGGUAGCUCUAAUUACAAUAUAUCCUGAGUAUGGAUUUGGAAAUGUUGACAUCCAAAGGGAUUUGGCUGUGGUUCCACCAAAUUCAACUCUCAUUUAUGAGGUUGAAAUGGUGUCAUUUAGAAAGGAAAAGAAAGCCUGGGAGAUGAAUCCACUAGAGAAAAUUGAGGCUGCUAAACAGUUGAAAGAGGAUGGCAAUAAUCUGUUUAAGAUUGGAAAGUACCAGCGAGCGGCAAAGAAAUAUGACAUGGCUACAAAUUAUGUAGAGCAUGAGGAGGAGUUCAAUCCCGAGGAUAGAAAACAGACAAAGGCUCUUAAAGUAUCUUGUUGCCUGAAUAAUGCAGCGUGCUGCCUUAAAUUGAAGGACUUUAAGGGAGCAAUUAAGCUAUGUUCAAAGGUUCUGCAGCAUGAAUCACAAAACAUCAAGGCUUUGUAUAGAAGAGCUCAAGCAUACAUGGAGACGGAAGAUCUGGAUUUAGCUGAACUAGAUAUCAAGAAAGCACAGGAGAUAGACCCACAAAAUAGAGAAGUGCGACUGGAGUAUAAGACACUAAAGAAAAAGCAGAUUGAACACAAUAAGAAAGAUGCGAAAUUCUAUGGAAAUAUUUUUUCAAGACUAAACAAAUUGGAGGCUUCUGAAGCGAAGAAGGGAGAGGGUGAACCGAUGGACGUUAAAAAAACAGGCAAUGAUGAAAACACAAAGCCAGAGGAAAUGGCUCUAGAUUCCAGAUAAUUUAAUCCAACUGUUAUAGAGCUUGCUUUAAAAGGUGAAAAUUGUGAAAGUCAUGUUGAGUCCAACAAGGUGGCCUUAGAAUGAGGCUUUUACAAGUUUUUUAAGAUGAAGUUCUCAUCUGUUCGUGGUACCCUGGCACUCUCAGGAUUUACUGAUAUUAGCACCCUGAAGGAUAACGUAGUGUGUUUUUUCGUUUCAAAUUUCAAAGUGGAUCAGUAUCAUAUUGUCAAACAACAAAAUGGUUUGAGACAAUUUGACUAAGAGUCAUUAGAAGUCACUUUGAAAAUGUGUAGGCCACGUUCAAUCAAUUUUAUUCUAUAAAUUGUCAGUUUUGCCAGAA